CGAUCGCACCGAUCAGCCACACUUGCGCGUCCACCCGUAGAAGAAGGCUCAAACAUGGCACAGAAGGUCACACUCGUCAGCUCGGACUCCCAGGAUUACACGGUGACUGAAGAGGUCGCUUUCAUGUCAGAGACGGUCAAGAACACCCUGGAAGAAACUGGUGGCGAAGACACGAAAGUACCUCUGCCAAACGUGCACUCUAAGAUUCUCUCCAAGGUGCUCGAGUACUGCAAUUUCCACGUGGACGCUUCCAAGAAGAACACCGAUGACAAGCCUGCCAAAACCGAAGAGGAAGUGAAGACCUGGGACUCCGACUUCGUCAAAGUCGACCAGGCAACCCUUUUCGAGCUCAUCCUGGCUGCAAACUAUCUCAAUAUCAAAUCCCUGCUGGACUUGGGAUGUCUCACAGUUGCCAACAUGAUCAAAGGCAAAACUCCGGAGGAGAUCAGGAAGACCUUCAACAUCCCGAACGACUUCACACCAGAGGAGGAGGAAGAGGUCAGGCGAGAGAACCAAUGGGCUUUCGAGUGAGGGCUCUAUGUCCAGCAACAGCAUCAGGCAUGACUGUUCAAGCCUGCAGGAAACUUUACAAUCCUUGUCCUCGUGGGCAAACAGUAUUAUGGCGAGGAGUUUGCGCACGCUGUGCUCAUCCUCUGUGAGCCUAUGUGAGUGAGCUGGGGCAGAACUUUAUGAAGGUGGCGCUGAUCAAGGCUGUUGGAUCUGGCUAUUCUUAGAAAUUUGGUUUAGAACGUACCUUGUGUUUGUGUGAAGCUGGAUGGGAUGUCUCCAAAACUGACAGGAAAAAGUGUCAGGUUGCAGAAGCACAUUCACUACGGUACUAGCCGAUCUGUAAUGGAUUCCUAUUUUUGUUUGUCCCCAGACAUCCUUAAUGUGAAUGUGGUAUCUUCUCAACCCGCUGGGCUAUUGCUGAAUAUCCUGAAAGACUGUAUGUAACAAUCAACUGUG